UAUAGAUCUAGAUCGAGGAAAGAUUUUAAAAUUAAACGGAAAUCGUGAGCAUGGAGAAAAUAGUUAUUAAACAAUAAAACAUUCCUAAGAUGAACAAUUAUAUCGCAUAGUUGUUGGCUGUUUUACCUUUUUGCAGUCGCGAAGCUCUUUUCUUCUGUUGAUACAAAAGGAGCAAUAUUUCGUAUCCAUACUAUUGGGCUAUCAUGAAUGUGGGCAACAUGGAGCCAAUGGAAUUGGAAAGAACAGAAAACCCCUUGGACAAUAAAGAAAAUACAUUUCGGUAUAUUUCUAAUACAUCCUCAAAUCUUUGUGACUUUGUGACCCAAACUUUGCCUACAUCCCCUCAAAUUUGUACAAAUAAAAAUUUACACACCAACAACCAAGAAUAUGCAUAUGACAUGAAUAUUAGUAAGAAUCAUGCUGAAUCUUUUAACUCAACAUUAAGAAAUGUGGAUAUAUUGAAUUGUACUAAAUCUAGAGUACUGCAGAAUGUUACACUCAUCAAUGAUGACAAUAUUAUGAAAAUAAAAGUGGAUGACUUAGAAACCAAUGAUCCUGAAACUACACUUUCUGAUUAUAAAUCUUACACAGAAACUCAUAAUAUUAAUGUUAAGAAGACAGCAAAAUAUGAGAAACCUGUUUUAUUAGUUGAACCUGAUAUGGAAGGCCAAUACAAUAACGGUUUGACAAAUUUCGAUAAACAAAAUACAAAAUUAGCUAAGUAUGCCACAAAGCAAGAUAAUUCAAAAAUAAUUAAAAACUUAGACUUUCAUGUAACAUCUGAUUGUAAUACUAAAAAUCACAGUAAUAUUACAUCUGAAGAAAUAAAAAUAUGUGGAGAAAACGCAGCAUUGGUAAAAGAACAAAAGUUUGUUAAUCCAAAUUCCUUUGAGAAUAAAUGUAAGGAGACAUAUAAUGAAAGUUUAAUAGAAAAUAUGAUAAUACUAGACGAAAGCCACUCAACUCAAUCUGAUAUGAAUGAGACUAUCAGGGAAAUACACACUGAAGACAUGUCAACGAAGAAACAUGUUAUGAAAGAUACUUUAGAAGAUUAUGACAUGAUAAAUUUUGGUGAAUCAUCAAAUAAAGUAAAUAAUGAUAAUGGAGAAAUAUUCAUUGAUGCAAAAACAUUUGAAUUCUUUCUCAAUCAGAGUAAAAGUAGUGUGGUUAUUGAUAAAGGAAAGGAAAGUUUAUUCUUAAAGUUUGACCCUUUGUUUGCUCAUAGGGUCUCAUUAGCACUGAAUAAAGUCCAUGAAAAUCAAAAAACAUCAAAGAAAACCUUAAAUGUAGAAGGUGAUAUUUGUCAAGAUAAUAAUAUUUCAUCUUUAUAUAGAACAAACACACAAUUAACUUGCUUAAGUGAAAACACAAAUAAUAAUAAUAAGUGCAUAUCUGGUAUGACUAUAACCCCAAGGUUAUAUACAGCAGUUUCAAGAAAUUCAACAACACCAACUAGAUUGAGUAAACAGUUAAUAUCAUUAUCUUCCCCUGAAAUGGCUGCUUUUGACCAACAUCUCAUAUCUAAUGAUACUUCAGAUAUAUGCCUUAUGGAUCAAGACAUCAAAAUUUACCAAUGUAUUCCUGAACAAAUUCAUACUAAUAACAUAACAAUCACAUGCUUAAGAGAAAUGUUAACAGGUAAAGAAAUGGAAGAAAAAAUUUUAAGAACAGAAAAUAAAGACUUGAAAGAUAAAUUGACAGUAGUUGAAACUGAAAUGGAGUCCCUCAAAUAUGAAAUUGAUGGUAGAUUAAGAAAAAUUUCAAAUUUAAAAGAAAGGCUUGAUGAAAGGACUGAAAUGGCCGAAAGAAUGACAUCAGUUGUGGAUGAAUAUGAGAGAACAGUUGCAAGUAUAGCAUCAGAGACAGAACAAGAAAAAAGUUGUUACUUGGAAGACAGAAAACAACUGAUAAGGAAAUGUGAUGAACUUGCAAGGCAUCUCUCUAGUGUGGAACAUUCAUAUAAUGAUUUACUUAAUAAAUAUGAAAAAACCAAACAAAUAAUCUUGAGCUUUAAAGCGAAUGAGGAGGAAUAUAAAAAAUCAAUUGAAGAACUUGAAGAAAGUCUUUUAAGAAUGCAAAAUAAUUAUGACUUAUUGAAUCAACAUGCCACUACAAAACUCAAUCAUACUAAUGAAGAACUUGAAAAGAUGAGGGAAGCACACAAAGCAGAAGUAAUUAAGUUAAGUGUCAUGAUUAAAAGGAAAGACCUAUGUAUUAACUCAUUGGAAGCAACACUGAACCAGAAAACAGAAGAAAAUGAGAAACUGAAGGCAAUUUGUGAUGAGAUUCAGAAAAGUCACUUGACAUGACUUCACUAAACUGCAAACAAGAAUCAUAGACUCGUAAAAGCUAGUGCUAAUCUUAUUUACACUGUGCAUUUGACAAGAAAUAAUGGGCAAUGUUGAUGACUUGUCAUCAGGAGGCCCUGAAGCGUAUUCAUCCUCUUGUUACAUAAAAACAUAUCUUUAUAUGGCUUACUUUAAAAUUUUAUGUUAGGACUAAUUUUGUUUUGAUAUGGUUGUGUUUGCAAUUUACAUCAACUGUGAUAUUAUAUUCUUGAAUUGUGAUGCUAACUUAAACAGGCAAUCAUGAUUUUUAUAUGUUGUAUUUGACUGACAUAUCAACCAUAAAUAUUUCACUAACAUACAAAUAUAUAUCUUGCUGGCAUUAUACAUUAUACUUAAUGUUCUGUGUUUGUGGUGUCUAUAUUUGACUAAUUUGUAUGAACUUGUCAAAUUCAAAGGCAGCAAAAAAUGAGUUGCACCAUUUGAGAAUUUUAAAACUAAUGUCAUAACUCAAAAUGUUAACUGUAAUCAUCAAAUCUUCACUGGUUAAAGCUAUUCUUAAUGUUAAAUAGAUAAUCGCCUGUCAAAAGUUUCAUAUAAAUAUCUGAUAUUCCACUUUUUAACUUUAAUGUUAUGCCAAAUACGAUGGUGCAACACAUUCCACAGUGAAUGUUAAAUUUGACUUAAACCUUAACUAAAACAGCUAAUAUGAUGCAACCGAGCUUAAUUAAACCUUAAUAUAUUAUCUGCAAGCUUGUUGGAUUAAUAUAUUUGUUGUUGACACCUUUUGUAGAUGUUGUGUUUGUGAUAUUUGGAUUAAAUUUGUACUAUUGUUUGUAAGUAAAUAUUCAAUUGUACAUUCACACACAAUGUCUAAUGUGAAAACGGAAAUGCCAGUGUGGCUGUGGAAAUUAUUAGUUCAUAUCUGUAACAAAAUGUGAAUCGUCAAGUCCGAAUCUUCAUCAAAAUCUGUGAACAAAGAGAAGAUUAAUUACGGAUCGAUAAAAAUUGAUAUAAUUUUAAGUAUUUUUUUAAUGAGACAACUUGGUAUGUAACAGGUAAAGCCGUCCAUAAUAUAUUAUGUAGUUAUAAUAUCAGCAUUAAUUUAAUAUAUUCUUAAUUUGUCGAUUGUUAUUGGAAAAACGUAAAUAUAAAACUUAUUCAGUCGAACUCGCAUUUAGCACCAUUAUAAAUGUGAUUGGUGACAUACAAACACUAAGAGAGUGCUCUGUACAUAAUUGAUUCUCAUUAUAAGUACAGAUUUCGCGCGAGUUGAAUGCAGUCAGGGCCUGAGGAAAACUGCCGGAGCAUCUCCCCUGCCUUCCCCCGCCUCGCCUCGAGCGCCUGCAGUGUAGUGUGUACUGUGUGCCGUAUCCGUCGCUUACCGUGUUAACGCGUUAAUACUAAUAUUGCGAUUAUUAUUUUUAAGCUAUUGCAUAGCUUCUACCGCGGGCCUUGAGCGUGGAGACCGCAUCCAGAAAUUCCGUAACGAAAAUAACCUAACACUUACUAGAUGUAUAUAGAUAUUUCGCAAUGGUCAUUACAGUUGCCGGGUACGUCUUGAUUUUUUUUAUCACGUUUUUAAAUUUUUAUUAUUAUGACAAGCAUUUUUAUUUAGUUUCACCUGUCCCGUUGUCUGUCUGUAAUCAAAUCUUGCAAGUUAAAUUUUACUCUCUACCCGUUUUCUGUUUUUUAAAUUAAUUUUAUCAAAAAACAAAUACUGCAUAAAUAAAUAAUUAUAAUUGCAUGAGUUGAUAAAAAAUGCUGUGCAAUAGCUUUACCGCGGCAGUCCCCGAGUGCCACACAUAUUUUUUUUAUUUCAAUAACGACUGAUGGCCAAGUCCAUCUAGUUCCGUUAAACGUUCCGUUAAAUGUGUGUUGAAGAAGGGUAGAACAAAAAAAUGGGAUUAAAUUAUUAACCUUCAAGCGGGCGCGUUGUCAUUUGUAACGGUCGCGCGAAGCCUUAUAGUCAUAUGGCAAAUAUCAAAGAAAUAAAGCAGUUUUAAAUCAUUUUUUUUAUAAUUAUGAACAUUAGGUAUUCAUGUUCUGAACAAAAGAAACUAAAUUUUAGAUGAAGAUUAAGUUAUAAAAUCAAAAAAUACAAAUACAACGUAGCUUUUCUUUGUAUUCAAAAUCUACUUUAGAAACAAAAAAACUUUUUAGUUGCAGUAACUAGGUUUAAACAUCUGAUCCACAGUACUCCUGCUGCGUUUUCGGAAAACAUACACACUGCAUCGGCAGAGUCAGGAACCUUUCUUCCUAUAGGGGCAUCUGGUUCACUAUCUGAAUCGAAUUGGAUAUCUUCUUCACCUUCACUUUGGUCCCUGGUCUAUGCUCUUUUAUUUCCUAUACUUCUUUCUUUUGAUUGGGUUUAUUAUUUUUGUUUUCAAUUUUCUUCUUAUUGUUAUUUUUAUAUGGAGACGAAGUUAUAUUCAUGUAAGCUCGCCCAAAUAAAUCUACAAUGUCAAAAGGGCUCAGUGGUCUGUUGUUGUGUCUUUGGUUGUCUCUGAUCCAGGUUCGUAUUUCUUCACUGUAGUAAACUUUCAACAGCCCCAUUAAUGUCUUGUCCAACGGUUGCAGCUUCUGGUUUGUGUUAAUUGGUAGAGAAACAAUAUCAUUUCAAUUAUUCUCUCUUGCCCAGUCUAUUAAAUCAAUGUUUUGGGUGUAGCUGAAGUGUCCAUCUAAUAUCAGUGAUACUCUUUUGUCUGGUGUUGGGUGAAUAGGUUUUAGCUCCAGGAGUACAACCUUUCAUCAGUUGUAAGUUCAUAUUUUGUCUUGGGUAAAUUAUGAAUGGAGGUAUAAAUUGGCCGAUGGCAUUCAUGCAUACUACAUUUGUAACCAGGGAACCCCUUUCCGCUGCUGUUAUCUGCCUCUCUCCUCGGCGUCCAAUUACUUCUAGAAUUAUACUUUGGACAAAUGUCAGGCCGGUUUCAUCACCGUUGUAGACACGGUCUGGUGAAGUUUUUUUUUCGAACAUCACUUCCAGAAGUCGAAAAAAAUUGUCCACGUUUUCCUUAUUAAAGCCGAAUCCUCUUGCAAAUGACAAUACCGUAGGCCUCCUAAUUGACAGUUUGUCCUUAUGACGUUUAAAAAUAGCCUUAAUCAUGUUUUUCCUGAUAUGCCAGAAUCAUCAAACGAAUUUUGCAAAAUGUUCGUACUGCAAACAUGUAUGCCACUCUGCGAAGAUCAGUCCUUGUUAGUUCAUGAAAUUUGAUUUCCAACGUUAAAAUACAUUUGACUAAAACGUUUUCUUUGUUGUGUCCCCAACUUAAUUUUUCUACCUAAUAUGGUGACAGCCGCUUCUUCAAGACUAAGUUCCGUUUUCAGGCUUAGCGUUGCAUGUCGUUAUUGGUAUUUUGAAAAUGUUUGCUGCUUUGAAAGUGCCCAUUUUCUUUCUCGCGAACCAUUUUUAUGGCUUUAAUCAUUUGUUCUUUAUCGCAAGUUUUUCUUGGUUCUUUUGGUUGUGUUGGCGCCAUUCUGAAAUAUUUAAGUAGGUACCUUGAAAACCACUUAUUCAACCACCUAUAAUACUAAUAUGGCUAGCCUAUAUUCGGGAACAUAGUCAAAAAUUCGAAAUUCUUUACUAAGAUCAACUUGAUCGUGUACUUUAUAAACCAAAUAUAGAAUGCAAUUAAUCGACUGACAAUCAUACAAUUUAACUUAUAUUCUGCAAUAAAACACACAUGUAGUUACUGUAUUUAGACCUAAUUUUCAUUAAUUAAAUAACACAGUGCUACGUACCGCAGAAAACGGUAGAAAGGUUAAGUAGGUUAAAAUGAUGAAAAAAUUAAUUAAAUAAUCUUUACAUCAUUCCUAGUGUAAAAUGGUAAUCUUAAAGCAUUGUUUAAAUUUAUCGACACACUCAUGAUUAGGUCACAGCACUAUCGCAUCCCUGAACGCUGCAUUCAACUCGCGCGAUAUCUGUAUAUAAUAUAGUCAGCUACUUUUGAGUAAAUUUCCUUAAAAAAAAGUGUGGAUACAUUAGUUUGCGAUUCUUUCGGUGGUUAAAGGCAAGAGCCGACAGGAGUGUGUUUCCGCCAGUCCUUGAGUAUCAAAAGUGUCUCACUAGUAAUGUAUAUAAUUUAUAUAUUUUUUUUAUUUGCAUGGUGGCCAUUUUAUUAUUAUUAAGGUGGCAACAGUAUCUAACAACACACUAUCAAAAUUUCAGCUGUUUCUGGCUAACAGUGUCCCUUACAGACAGACAAAAACGGAGUCAUUGCAAUAGGGUUACCAUUAGUUACCCUAUGAGUUGGACAUAUCUAACUACAUCAUACAAAAAUUAAUUAUGUCCCAAGAAAGACCACUUGUAUAUUUUGUUUUAUACAAACGGAAUAAAAAUCACCACUCAUUCAAUAGUUUAGAUUAACUAUUUUUUGUACGAUAUAUUUUAAUCAUUAAAGACUUUGAAUUGGUUAA